AUUACCGAUUCUACCCUCUUGGCAGCUGAGCAAAACUUCCCGCAAAAUCAUGAAAUGUCGUCCUGAUUUCUCAGAAUUUUGAUACAAACUUAUAUGUAGUUUUAUUUAAUUCGUGGCUCAAUGGAAAAGUGCCCACUGAAUAUUUACAAAGUACUAUGUUACACAGCUUAAAACAAUUAAACAAGAAAUGGAAAUUUAUGCGGUGGGGAAUAUUUAGAUGCUUUCUAUAAAAUGUUUCUACUUCCCACUUAUGCUAUUUUAGAUUUCAGUUAGAGGACAAUAUAAAUAAAAGGUGGAAUUAAAAGGACUACAUGUUUUACAAAUCAAAAUAUAGUAAGAGACUGAUUUUCAUGAAACUUGAAAGAACCAAAACCGUUUAAAAAUUCGGAUAGGGGUUACGACUCAUGGUUAUUCUGCCAUAAUUCGAACACGAUAUAAUAAACUUAGCUGACACGACCAUCCAUCUGUAUGUCAAUUUCACAAAUGCUGGCCUGUUUUUGUUGAUACACGUUUUUACAAUUUUACUUGCUAUCACCCCAAAGGAUGAAUGAGGUAUCAUACACAACUUUGCAGGUUAAAGUCGUCCUCUCAGGAGACAUAUCAAUACCAUUGCCAUUUAAUCUUGGGCACAUUACAGAAUUACUACAGUAUGUCACUAUGCAUCAAAUGACCUGCUGCUAAGAAAAUUGUUUGCCUGUGUCAGUCACUUUUAUUGGAGUAACUUAUUUGAAUGUCAGGAUGUAUGAACAGCUUGUCAAAUGUCUGUCUCUCUCUGUUAUUAAAUGGAGAUAUGUCAUGGCUGCAGCCACUCACUGUCACUAUUUUAAACCAGUACAGAAAAGAUAAGUAAAUUGACAAUGCUGGCUCUCAGUGUUAAUUAUUCCAGACAUGAAAAUUCAUGCAAUUUAAAAAAAUGGGUUUGACAUGCCUCACAAGUCUUAUAUAAUAUGCUUUGCUGUCAUAGUUUCCAAAUAGAUGGAAAGAUAUCUCUUAAUCAGGUUCAAGUGGUGGCCCUUUUUCUGCCUUAACAUAAAAACUGUCAUUUUCAAAAUUAAUAUCAUACAUGCAUCACAUUAAUUUGUGAUGAAAAAUUGAUGCAAGUUGAAGUUAUUAAUUAAGUUAUUUGACAAGUAAAAAUUGGAGAAAGUAGUGUAGCAGAAUACAUUAUUUUUAUCUUCUGGUACAUUCACAUAGUGAUUUCUCUGUAAAACCACUAUUGACUUGUGGCUGCAUACAAAACCUGUCUGAAUUAAAUAUGCAACUCACAUGGUCCAAUAUUUGUUCAAAAUUCACAGGUUUUCCAUGAAUUAACCUCAGCAUUACAAGAAGCUGAGUUGUCAGUUACAUGCUGUGUGUGACUGCCGCACUUCAGGAGGCUCAGUGGUCCACUAAACAUGGUGAUAUAGAGGAAAAUGGCAAUGAACUGAACCAAUGACAUUCAGCCUGCCACCUGUCACUUUACUGACCAAGGAAUCCUGGUGCUGACUGUCACUUGCCUGUGGUCUAUGCAGCUAUGAAGUACAGUUUGGGGCUGCCAUGCUUUAUGCUAGUUACUGUCACAUCAGCUUUACGACUGCAUAAUGUUAUUUCUACUUUUGUUGAAGAUCUGGUAUGUUUGCAGCAGUGGCGUCACAUUGUGCUAGUAUACUGUUCAGAUGACCAGGAGUUUCUGUACCAGGGCACCAAGAGACUGCCGUUCGUUUAUGUACAGUUUCUCUCUGGAGAUGACAUCCUCUUCAAGCCACCUCAAGAGGCAUUCUCCAUGCCUAUUGUUGUUCUCCCAUCUUGUUUUCUCAAAACAGAUUUUAUAGUUCAGGCCAAUCAGAGUGGACUCUUCACUAAAAUGUUCUCGUGGUGGCUACUGGUAAUGGAAAGUGGAUAUGAACCUCACAAAACUGGCUACACAACACACACAAGAUUCCAACAUCUACAGGCUGGUGUGGGAAGUCAUGUGAACAUUGUCAGUUUUUGGUCCACUCUCAAUGAAGUGACAGGUGUCGUGUGGGAUGCUUAUAAGUUGGGUGCAGAUGCCCCUUUAUGCACCAAUUUCAAUGCCCAGUGGCACUAUGCCCCAAAGAGAAGUGGAUGGGGGAUAUUUACACAACUGCCUUCCUACAUGGAUAAGCUGCUCGCCCGGUCACACGACAUGACCAGUGUCAUCCUGAGGGUUGGCGUAAUUGUGGGAAAACCAGACCAUGGGUUUGACUGCAGAGCAGAGCUGAACAAGCUGGGACACAUAGUUGCAGUGCGUGGCUACAGUGCACACAUCUUGAGCACACUGAUAGACCUGCUGCACUUCAAGUAUGCACAACUGUUCCUCUUUUGUAACAGGGUUGAGUUUGUGGGAAGUGAUUCCUGGGGCUCACAGGAUGAUGAAGGCGUGUGGUUCGGACUGUUGGGGAUGGUAGCAGAAAAUGUGGUUGACCUCAUGCUGUGUCACCCCACAGUGACUGCGGACAGGACGGCAGCAGCACGGUUCCUGCACCCUACCUUGGACAGCAGGCGUAUGCUAGCAUAUAGAGCAGCUGGGUUGCCCCUCACACAAGAUGUAUUCAUCCUAACAUUCACUGGCUCACUGUGGUUGGUAUGUCUAUUGAUGGCACUAGUGUUGCUGGCUGCUAGCUUCCGUGUCGCAUCGCUGCAGACUGCCAAGUUUCUGUCAGAACAGCCUGAACCUUGGACAUGGGUGGAGAUCACACUAUGGGCAGUAGCAGCCACUUGUCAACAAGGCUUCAGCAAGGAACCACAAGGCAUCGCCUGCAAGACAGUCUUCAUAACUGGCUAUACGGCAUCAUACCUCUUGUACACAUGGUUUGCAGCAGGGGUCACAUCCCUGCUGGCUGUGCAAGGACAAGACACGCAUCUGCAGCUCUCAGAUGUUGCUCAAAUGGGCACUGAUUUCUCAGCAUCCUGGGAUGGCCUUCUGCCAGAAUUCUUCAUGAAUUCACCAGAUGCUGCAGCACAAGAACUUUACUUAACGCAGUUACGAAGAGAACGCAACAAAGUACACAUAUUAGAUCAGCUGUUCUUACAACUUCAUGGUGACAACAAGGUUUGCAUGGCAAGUGAGCACCCUCUAAAACACUUCAUGUCCACAAGACUGACUGCAGAUGAAGCAUGUCAGCUGACACUCUCACCGGUAACUGGCACAAAGCAUACAAAAGCCUGGGCUGUUCCCCAGGGUUCAUCUUAUGCUGACAUCUUAAAUUAUUGGCUGCUACGGCUCCGUGAGGCAGGCCUUCUACAGUUGGGCCUGAAGCGAAGCAUGGUAACUCUCACAUCUUGCAACAAUGGUUCUGGUUAUUCCAGUGCUGGGAUUGGACAUGUCUUGUCAGCUGUGGGCAUUCUGGCCUCUGGAACCAUGGCUGCACUCUUAUUACUUAUUGCAGAGUUUACAUGGCACCAUCACAGGCACCAAUGAUCACGCACUGCACUGUUUAGUCAAUUGUGUGUAAGAAACAGCUAAACUGUUAUUUCGUGGUUAAUAAAUCCAAAUGUAAACAUUACGGGGGGGAGGGGGCCACGCGCACACACACACAGAGGCAAAGUUUCAAUACCUCUAAUGAAGCUGAAAUUUUUUCAACAUCUUUUGUUUACGUACUAAAACCACAAUGUUUUAGAAAUGGGUUAUAUUUCUGACAUCAGAUGUCUUCAUAAAAAUUCCUACUAUGCUAAGGCCUUAUUUCCAAAAUGUUGCCUAAGUUACAUUUAACAGUCUGCCAUGAAAAUUUAAUGAUAUUUCAGCGGCACAAAGUACGAAUAAGGAAAAUACAAAUUAAGUUUUAUUCUCAUUAAGUAUACUCACAGCUCAUUUCUCAGAGACAGAACCCUACAAUCGUUUUGCAACAAAGAAACAUGUCACUGGACAAAAUUUCUUCAUCAUCAUAGCUACUACAACACAUGUAGUUUACAACUUCUAGCAUAUGUAAAAAUGUAACAUAAUUAUUUACAUUACCUUCUGAAAUGCUGAAAAUCAGAUACACAAAGCAACAAUUUUGGGUUUUGUAUCAGUAUCUUGAUACCUUACUUGGUACAAGAUCGGUUUUAUACAGAAUAGCUCAUGGUGUAGGAGCUCCCAUUGUAAGCACAGUCAUCACUCAGCUGGUGAAGACACUCCAAACUUUUAUGGCAGUACCCGAAAUGACAUUACUGUACACCCAGAAGCAUGCCACUGGACCAUAUCCUGAGACACUUGAAUUUAUUCCUCACAUAUAUAUCAAGAAUCUAUCCUUCCAUUUAUGUCUAGAUCUCCCCAAUGGUCUUUUCAUUUGCAUUCUGAUAAAAAUGUUGCAUACAUUUCUCACUUCCCUGCACACACUACAUGUCAUCAACAUCACAGCCUUGAUUUGAUUACCCUACUAAAAUUUGAUUUAGGGUAAAAAUAUGAAACUCGUCAAUUAGCAAUUUUCUCCACCUUCAUGUUAUUUCUCUUUCUCAAAAUCAAACAUGUUCCCAAGAACCUUGUUCUCAAACAUCCUCAAUCAAUGUUCUCCCAUAGAAUGAAAUAAAACAUUACAUUCCCACAUA